AUGUCACAAGCGUGCCCACCCCAAGACUGCACGAAAUGUGCUUCCAACGAAGUCUGCGUGCUCGGAGUUGCCUCCCAAGACAACCCCUGCCCCAGCAUCACAUGUUCUGCCGCGAUGGCCAACACCAACACCGACUCGGGUAAGUCGUCAUCUGGUACUUCUGCUGGAGCUAUUGCCGGAGGAGUUGUUGGAGGUGUUGCCGCCGCCGCCAUUUUCGGCUUCUUCGUUUGGUUCUUCUGCUUCUCGAAACGAGCACAGAGAGUCAGAGAAGAGAAAGAAUGGAUCCCCGUGGUCGGCCAGGACCACGUCACAGACAACCACACCGCCGGGCAGAUGCCACCAAACCAUCGAAACUCGUCGUCGACGUUUGCCUCGCUGGCCUCUUCGGCCCUGUCUCGAGCAUCUAACGUCAUUCCCAUCGCCUACGUUCCUGGUGUCACGUCACGUGGCCAAAUGUCUCGUGACUCGUCCACUGGUGGAACUCUCGGUUCCAAUCCGCCCAUUCCCAACGUGCCCUGGGAGUACCAGUUUACGCCCGAGGAGCUGCUGCGUCAGUCGCGCCAAUCAACCGUAUACGGCAUUCGAGAUUCGGUCAACACAGAGGCUUACCGAGAGUCUCAGGCUUACGUUAGCAGUGCGAUGAUGACGGCCAUUCAGGCUAAGCCCAUGCUUGUCAACGUGAAGGACGGCCAUGUAACUAACAACGAUGGGAGUGCACGUGACUCGGCUCUACGACAGUCAUUCAUGUCUGGAACCUCCGACGGCUCUGUCUACGAGGUUGCCAGUGCCGAGCGAGUCAAUGCCCGGUCCAUUCGAAUCGGAAAGGCCCAAAGAGUCGGUCUGCAAAGCACAUACAUCAGUGAAGAGUCGGAGGAGGAAAUCGGAGGAGGAGCCAGCAGGACACGAGACUCGACUCAUUCUGCAGCUGUGCCCAUUGGUCUUGAUCGGCCCACUCUUGGACGAUCGUUGACCGGAAACAGUGGCUCUGGCGUCUCUGGCGUGAGUCGCAAGUCGGAGGUGCCUCCUCUGCCUGCUGCUUUGGAAGUCUCCUCUUCCGAGGCACCCCAGUUGGACGAGGAUAUUUUUGCUGGACUCGACAUUCCUGUCCAGUUGAUCACAACCGACGACGGUCAAGAGUCUCCUUUUGACGAUAAGUUUCGACUUUAA